AUGUCUGAACCCAUCAGGAACAAGAAGGCCGAUUUCCCGGUUGCUCCGACGCCUCAGAACACGCCGGCUAACAACGCACCGAUUUCGUCUCACGCUCAACAGCCUGGGGUUGCAAGCAUCAAAGAGGAGAACUUGGAUCAUGCCGCUGCCGCCUCACUUUUUGCUAAAAAUCCUGGGCUUGUCUCCAUGAUCCAGGGUAAACUUGGUUCCCUUGUAGGGCGCUCUUCGGGGUAUAUCGAGUCUCUUCCUGCGCCAGUGCGUCGCCGUGUCGCCGGCCUCAAGGGUAUUCAAAAGGAACACGCGAAGCUCGAGGCAGAAUUUCAGGAGGAGGUUCUGCAGCUUGAGAAAAAGUAUUUCCAAAAAUUUACGCCACUGUACCAGAGACGUGCCAAUAUUGUCAAUGGACUUGAAGAACCGACAGACGCGGAGGUCGAAGCGGGAAAGGGUGAGGACGAAAAUGAGGACGCCAAGAAUGACAGUGAGCAGAAGAAAGAAGACACUGCUGAAGAGUCACCUAUGUCCGGAAUCCCAGAGUUCUGGUUGUCCGCCAUGAAGAACCAGGUCUCACUUGCGGAAAUGAUCACCGAGCGAGACGAGGAGGCUCUUAAACAUCUCACCGAUAUCCGUAUGGAAUAUCUUGACCGGCCUGGUUUCCGAUUGAUCUUUGAAUUCUCCGAAAACGAGUUCUUUACAAACAAGACGAUCACCAAAACCUAUUACUACCAGGAAGAGAGCGGGUACGGAGGUGAUUUCAUCUAUGAUCACGCUGAAGGUGACAAGAUCGACUGGAAGGCCGAUAAGGACCUCACUGUCCGGGUGGAGAGCAAAAAGCAGCGAAAUAAGAGCACAAAACAGACGCGUGUCGUUAAGAUCACUGUACCCACCGAGUCAUUCUUCAACUUCUUUUCUCCGCCGAAACCUCCCACCGACGAUGACGACACCGUUGCCAGCGAUAUUGAAGAGAGAUUGGAGCUUGAUUACCAGCUUGGCGAGGACAUCAAGGAGAAACUUAUCCCUCGGGCGAUUGAUUGGUUUACUGGGGAGGCCCUUCAGUUUGAGGAACUUGGAGAUGAAGUCGAUCAGGAUGAGUUCGAGGGCGAUGAGGAUGAUGAGGAGGACGAUGACGAUGAUGAUGAUGAUGACAGGAGAUCAGACAAUGUUGAUGAGGAUUCUGACGAAGACGACGGAACAUCGAAGCCCAAAAAGGAAGCCGCGGAGUGCAAACAGAGCUAA